AACUAAUGAUUCAUGAGACCACCUUCAUUGCUUGAAGUCUACUAAAACUAAAAUAACGAUAUGCUCAAAUCGUCAACUACUCAAGAUCUCUCCUUUCUCCUUCCAUCUCUUCAUCUUCAGUUCCAAUGGCGACAAUUAACAAAACCCUAAAGCUCAAAUCAAAACCCAGAUCCCCAAUUCUCACUCUCUUCUUUUUCCUUGCUGCCAUUGCCUUGCUCUGUUUGUUUUCCUCUCUGGUUUCCACUAAUGAGUUCUCCUUUUCGUCUACAAAGACCACGCUACAAAACUUGGUGAAUCUCGGCAACAAGAAUUCGAGAACCCAUGUCUUCCCUGAUAAGGUAUUGUACUGGGGAAACAGGAUUGAUUGCCCUGGCAAGCAUUGCGAGUCCUGUGAAGGACUGGGUCAUCAGGAAUCUAGCCUCCGGUGCGCCCUUGAAGAGGCUAUGCUCUUAAAUAGAACUUUUGUGAUGCCUUCUAGGAUGUGUAUCAAUCCAAUACACAACAAGAAGGGGAUUCUUCAUAGCUCCGACAAUGCAAGUUCACAGGAAAGGUGGGCAGCAAACUCCUGUGCCAUGGACUCUAUGUACGACAUUGACCUCAUAUCCCAAACUGUACCUGUCAUUGUAGACAAUUCAAAAAUGUGGCACCGGGUAUUAUCUACAAGUAUGAAGUUGGGAGCUAGAGGGAUUGCUCACGUGGAAGGGGUCUCUAGAGUUGAUCUCAAAGAGAACAGACGCUACUCAAAUAUCUUGCUCAUAAAUCGAACAGCAAGUCCUCUUUCAUGGUUUAUGGAGUGUGCGGAUCGGAAGAAUCGUAGUUCCAUAAUGUUGCCAUAUUCAUUUCUCCCCACUAUGGCAGCACCCAAAUUAAGGGAUGCAGCAAACAAGGUCAAGGCUCUUCUUGGCGAUUAUGAUGCCAUCCAUGUCCGUCGGGGUGACAAAAUAAAAACCAGGAAGGACAGGUUUGGGGUUGAAAGGACCCUACAUCCUCAUCUGGAUAGGGACACACGUCCAGAGUUUAUUAUGCGCAGGAUUGAAAAAUGGGUCCCGCCAGGACGAACUCUUUUUAUUGCUUCAAAUGAGAGGACUCCUGGUUUUUUCGCUCCUCUAUCAGUUAGGUACAAGAUGGCAUAUUCUUCGAAUUUCAGCCAUAUAAUCGAUCCCUUGAUCGAGAACAAUUACCAGUUGUUCAUGAUCGAGAGGCUAAUCAUGACGGGCGCCAAAAAAUUCAUCAGAACGUACAAAGAAGAUGAUACAGAUCUCAGCCUGACUGAUGAUCCGAAGAAGAACACCAAGAACUGGCAAAUACCUGUUUAUACCAUGGACGAAGAGGGAAGCUGAAACUGUAUCUGUAAGUGUUCUCAUAUAUAUCUUAGCUUCCGAGCAUUACAAUUCUGUCAAGCAGAAAUAGUAUAUGCUUGCGCUUGUAGCCAUCCGUGCACGUCAAAAUACAAGCAUGCAGUUUACGCUGCUCAAAGCCUUGAGCGGAGAAUCACAAAAUUUUGGUACAAUUACAAUA